GCCCCAUUAUGCGAUUUUCCCCUCUUUUUCCCCUCUUUUUCCCUUCUUUUUCCCUUCUUUUUCCCCUAACUUUGGGCUGUCUCUAGGCCAUCAACUGCCAACGAGUUGAAUCCAUAACUAGUACGGAGUACAUGCGCAUUAUGUAUCAUGCACAUAUGUAACCCCGCAAAAAGUCACCUGAUGAACACCCGUCGAUCCUCCCAGCCGUGGCGGAGUCGUGUUGGUGAUUGAUUGAAAUAACAACGAGUCCCCUCGCUCUCCCCCCAGACCGAUACCGUUUUCCCCGCCCGCGCGCGUGUGUUCCAGAUCCUUGCGUCGCAUCUCCCGCAACGACGACACGACGCUCGCCUCAACGUGGUUAAUAUGCCCCAUCAAUAUAGCCUGUACCCGACGACGAGCGCCGUGGCGAUGACGAUGCCGGAGCCGUUGACACCGACGAGUAUCUCGACGAGGCCGAGGUCGAGUACGAGCACGAGCGCGACCGCGAGCACGAGCGCGAGCGUGAGCUUGUCGAAGGGGAGUAAGAGGGGGGGUAAGGGUAGUAAGGGGAGUGGGGGGAGGUCGGCGGCGAGGAGGGAUUGGAUUGAGUACGAGUAUCCAGCGCCGGAAGGGAUAUCUUUUGGGGGGAAAGAACGCGUCCCCCCCGCCGUCGCAGUCCUCGCCCCCGCCUUCGCAGAAGAUCCACUCCUCACAUACCUCCUCAACUCGCUCGACCCCGUGGCUCGGCGCGCUUACCUCCCCGCAUACUUCACCGCGCUCCUCACACAAGCGACGCUGAACGGGGCAUACGUCCUCGAGCACUCCAGCUGGGAAAGCUGCAUGACCGUCCUCCCUCCAGGAAGGAAGCUCGAGAACCCCUUCACGCUGCUACAAUCGGGAUUAGUGGGUGUAUUGCGAAAAGUCGGAUUAUUGUGUGUCACGCGGAUGCUGGGCGAAUUCGAAGGCGCCGUGAAUAAAGCGAGGAAGCACGGGCUGGCGAAGGGGGAGGUGCCGUAUUAUGUCUUCUUCAUUGGGACGCGGGCGGAUUGCCGCGGGAGGGGGUUAGGGGCGGAGUUACUGGCUGAGGUGACGAAGAGGGCGGGGCAGGAGGGGAGGAGUGUGUGGUUGGAGGCUACGACGGAGGAGCGUAGGCGGCUGUUUUUAAGAAUGGGUUUUGUGGAUGUGGAGGAGGUGGUUAUGGGGAGGGGGAAGGUUGGGCCGAGGGGGUAUGAGAUGGUUGGGGGGCCAGGGGUGAGACUGUGGUGUAUGGUUUGGAGGAAGGGGGAUGUGGUGGUGAAGAUUGGGGAUGGGGAGGAUGAGGAGGGGGAGGAUGAUUAGGGCGUUGGUUAGAGAGGGGUUACUGUUAUAGGGGUUCGGAAGGCCGGCUGGCUGUAGGGUUUCGGUAGGGAUGGGCGGGUCGGAAUUUGGAAUUCGGGACGACUUGGUGGUUUCGGGCGUGUCUUGGGUCUCUGUUCUUUGUGGCGGACGGGUCGGCGCUGCCCUUGGAACCAAUCUUUUGUUGGCAAGUUCGGCUUGCUCUGUUGUUCUAUUUUCGACACCUGGGGUAGGGUGUGGGAAUGUGUUUUACGAUAGCUGGUGGAGUCUUGCCAUUCUUUUUCUUUUCUAUUUGAUACCACUAAGCUGUCAAUGCUACAGCCUUUUUUAUUCUAUUAUAUAGCCAAUGAAGCUAUUAGUUAUUU